AUGAUCGGUGCCCAUCACCAUAUCACAACGCCGUACACGCCGUGGGCGAACGACACAGUGGAAGUCGUUAAUCGACUUAUCCUGCGAGGGUUCAAGACCCUGACCAGCGAAAUGAAGCUUCGUCCGGACGAAUGGCACCGUGUGUUGGCCCUGGUACAGAGCGCGUUGAACCACCAGCCGGCGGGCCGUCUAGGCGGUGUGGCUCCAGUGACGGCGUUUCAAGGCUUGCCGUCUACAACCCCUUUAGCUGGGUUCGUACACCCAAGGACCAAGAAAGUACUGACGGUGGACUGGCUCUCGAAGGCGCGUCAAGAGUACAUGGACGUGCUGCGACAAGCCAUGGAAAAUAUGCACCGCGACAUAGCGGCUCGAAGCGAGAAGUUGCGGCAGCAAGCGCGAGGCCGCCGCGAGAAGAAAGCGCAUGUGCGCUUAGUGAAGUUUGCGCUGGGCGAUUUUGUACUUGUGGGAAAAAUCAUCAAGUUCCCCAACAAGUUGGCACUCAACUGGAAAGGUCCGUACCGCGUAUCGCGGGUCGACUCGGACUAUGUGAUGGAAGCCCAACAGCUCUUGGAGCCGUUUACUACGUCGGUCCACCAUGCCAGCCGGCUGAAGUUUUUCAGCGAUGCCGCAUUGGAUGUCACCGAUGCCCUGGUGGACUACGCCGAGUUUGGCGAUGAGGUGCGCGUCAAGUGGAAGGGCCUGGACGAAGAAGAAGCUUCGUGGGAGCCAGCCCUCCAACUCUAUGAAGACAUUGCAGUCGUCCUGCGCCGCUGGAUCAUGUAG